GAGAUCUGUCGAGUCAAAUCAAGAUGCAUAGGCAAGUCCACUUGAGUUUCUCCUCAGACCUCUCUUACUCGCGCCUCCACUACCCAUGGCACCUCUUACGCACCGCUCGAUCAAAGACGGUUGGUUCCGGGAGAUCUCUUCGCAAUGGCCGGGCCAGGCGAUGACAUUGAAGGUCAAGAAAAUUCUCCACAUCGAAAAGUCUCUGUACCAGGAUGUGCUCGUUUUCGAGUCUGAGACGUACGGAAACGUACUCGUGUUGGAUGGUGCCAUUCAGUGCACUGAGCGCGACGAGUUCUCCUACCAGGAGAUGAUCGCCCAUUUACCGUUGGCUAGUCACCCGAGCCCUAAGAAGGUCUUGGUCAUCGGUGGUGGCGACGGCGGCGUAGUCCGAGAGGUUCUGAAGCACGACAUAGUCGAGCAUGUCGUGCUCUGUGACAUUGACGAGGCUGUCAUCCGAGUCUCCAAGCAAUUCCUGCCGCAUAUGUCUUCGCUCCUUUCUGAUCCGCGAGUGACGGUGCACGUCGGCGACGGGUUCAAAUUCCUCGAGGAGAACACCUCCACCUACGAUGUGAUUAUCACCGACUCCUCCGACCCUGUCGGUCCCGCCGCGUCCCUCUUCCAGAAGCCGUACUUCCAGCUUCUGCACAACGCGCUCACUGAGGGUGGACACAUCUCUACCCAGGGCGAGUGCUUGUGGCUGCACCUCCCGCUCAUCCAAGAUCUCCGCAAGACGACGCGCGGACUGUUCCCCGUCGCGGAGUAUGCGUUCACGACGAUACCCACCUACCCAUCUGGUCAGAUUGGCUUCGUCGUCUGCUCGAAAGCGGCCAAUCGCAAUGUACGCGAGCCGGUGCGUGCAGUCAAGUCUACCCGGUACUACAACGCCGAGGUGCACAAGGCCGCCUUUGUCUUGCCCGAGUUCGCCCGUGCUCUUUUGGAGGAGGGCAAGGACGUCGCACCUAAGCUGGGCAAGGCAGACAGCGGCAAACCUCGCAAGAAGGUGCUCCUGCUUGGAAGCGGUAUGGUCGCGCGUCCCGCAGCGGAGUACGUUGUCCGGGAGCCCGAGAACAGCUUGACGAUUGCUUGCAGGACGCUCGCGACCGCCCAGGGUCUUGCUGCUGACCUCCAGAACACAUCCGCCAUCGCCCUCGAUGCGAGCAACACCGAGGCACUCGAGAAGGCCGUCGCGGAGCACGACCUCGUCAUCUCGCUCAUUCCCUACACACACCACGCUGCAGUCAUCAAGGCUGCGAUCAAGGGCAAGACGCACGUCGUGACGACGAGCUACGUGAGCCCGGCGAUGCGCGAGCUGGACGCGGCUGCGAAGGAGGCGGGCAUCGUGGUCUUCAACGAGAUUGGGCUCGACCCGGGUGUGGACCACCUGUACGCGGUGAAGGUGAUCGACGAAGUGCACGCCAAGGGCGGCAAGGUGAAAGAGUUCUACUCGUACUGCGGUGGCCUUCCCGCCCCCGAGGCGUCGGGCAACCCGCUCGGGUACAAGUUCUCGUGGUCCGCCCGCGGUGCGCUCCUCGCGCUGCUCAACUCGGCGUCAUUCGUCGCGGAAGGCAAGGAGGUCAGCGUGGACGGCAAGGAUUUGAUGGCAACGGCAAAGCCGUACUACAUCUCGCCGCCGUACGCGUUCGUCGCGUACCCAAACCGCAACUCGGUGCCGUUCCGCGAGUUCUACCAGAUCCCGGAGGCGCAGACGGUCGUGCGGGGAACCCUGCGCUACCAGGGCUUCCCUGAGUUCGUUAAGGCGUUUGUCGCGCUGGGUUGGCUGAAUCCCGAGACGAAGGAAUGGCUCUCGGAGAAUCUCACUUGGGCGGAGGUCAUGCAGAAGGCGAUCGGCGCGAGCGAUGCCAGCGAGGGCACACUCAUCGCGAAGGUCAAGGAGCUGUGUGCGUUCCCUGAUGCAUCGGAGAGCCACCGCAUCAUCUCUGGCUUGAAGUGGCUGGGUCUGUUCUCAACGGAGAAGGUGAAGCCGCGCGAUGGCAACCUGCUCGACACGCUCUGCGCGCGCAUGGAGAACCUCAUGAAGUUCGAGGAGGGCGAGCGGGACUUCGUGAUGCUCCAGCACAAGUUCGUGGUUGAGUACCCAGAUGGCAAGCAGGAGACCAUCACGUCCACGCUGGAGGCGUACGGCGACCCUACUGGCCACUCUGCCAUGGCACUCUACGUCGGCGUUCCCUGCGGUAUCGCUGUACAGCUAGUCCUUGACGGUGCACUCAACACGCCGGGAGUCCAUGCGCCGUACAGCCCAGAGGUUUGCAACAUCCUCCGGGCCAAGGUCGAAGAAGAGGGGCUUGGUCUGACUGAGCGGGUGUUGUAAGUCCGAUCGACAAGCAGCCACUCAAAAACAAAAUGUCACCUAUGUCGAUGUAUACGUGAAGUGUAUUGCUCUGUAGAUGAAUCAUACGAAAAUGUAUCGGUAGACAGUAGGAAUAUCAGAAGAGCAUCGAUGCUGUAUCGGGACACGCAGCGCU